GAGGUUUAUAAACAUUUGGAAUAUCGCCGACAAUAACACUAAUGCUAACCGUUUUACUAAUUCAUAACCACCGGGAUCACAUUUUACCAGGACUUACUGAGGACGUUCAUUUUUACCCUCUCAGGCUAAAGCCAUAAUGACUCAUACACCCAAGCAAGUGGCAGUCAGUGUGUUCACACUAGAGAGUAAAUCUGGGGAAGCCAGAUGGAGUUCAGAAGAACAAGAGGGCCUGGAGGUGAUUGGGCAGUGCAUAGCAACACCACAUUCACCUGAAGCACUACUUUACACUAGUUAUAAACAGAAGAGUGAUGAGUUUCGGAAGUUAUUCAGAGAGCUGCCAGACAAUGAGAAACUAAUUGCAGACUACACUUGUGCGCUCCAGAAGGAUAUCUUGUUACAAGGGCGCAUCUACCUUACAGAGAAUUGCUUAUGUUUCUACAGUCAUGUUUUCCGUGGUACAAAAAUCACGUUAAAUAUGAAGGAUAUCACCGCAAUGUCAAGAGAGAAGACAGCAAAAUGGAUACCAAACGCCAUCCAGAUCAAUACUGAUUCAGAGAAGCUAUUCUUCAGUUCAUUCUCUGCAAGGGAGAAAAGUUACCUUGGUAUAUUUCGGCUUUGGCAGAAUAUUCUAAUGGAUAAGAAACUGACCAAGCUUGAGUUGUUGCAGAUGGUUAAGCAGCAUUAUGGCAAUGACCUAGGGUUGAGUCAUGAUGAAAUGGAAAGCUUUCAAACGUCAGCAGAUACUUUCACACCUACCCAGCCCAGUCUGAAUAUGCGUGGAGAAGAUUACACAGGGAGGCCAGAAAGGCCCACAUCACUUCGUCUUCCUCAGGGGGAGCUGAGUUCUUAUGAGGCCACGACACCACAGGGAGAUGAUGCACAAUCCUCAGUUAGACUGCAAAGCACACUCUCAGCAAAUGGGGAUGACACUCUCAGCACCCCAUCCCGUCAGCGCAGUCCAAAUCUGUCCUUGAAUCGGUCAGGGUCUGAGCGAGUGUCGAAACGUUCCUCUCUCUCUCUGGACCUGAAUGCCAAUGAAGACCAGGUCUCAGAUAACAGCAGAUCUGACAGCCUGGAGGAGGUAUCGGUUUGGCGUUUUCUUGUAGUGGAGGAAAGCGAGACUGUUUCUCCAGCGUCUCAAGGAAGGCUUUUUGUAAACAGGGUCUUUCACAUCAGUGCUGAGAACAUGUUUGAACUGCUUUUCACCGAUUCUAAUUUUAUGCGGAGAUUAAUGGAUACCAGGAAGAUCACAGGUAUAAGCUCUACUUCUUGGCAAAGGGAGGCCUCUGGCUGUAUGAAAAGGACUUUGAACUACACCAUAACCAUCAAUAACCCCCUAGUCGGCAAAUUCUCCACUGCUACAGAAAACCAGACACUAUAUAAAGAGUCGAGGGUGGGUCAGUACUACAUGGUAGAUGCAGAGGUCUUCACACAUGAUGUUCCAUACCAUGACUACUUCUACACUCAGAAUCGCUUCUGUAUUAUCCGUAACUCAAAGCACAAGUGCAGACUCAGGAUUUACACAGAUGUGAAAUACAAAAAGCAACCCUGGGGUCUUGUUAAGUCCUUUAUCACCAAAAACUCUUGGAGUGGCCUAGAAGACUACUUUAAACACCUUGAGACAGAGCUGCUUGACGAAGAGGCAGAUUUGACUCAGGGAAGUGGAGAUGCUGGGAAGGCGGGUGGAUUGCGCAGGAGGCGAAGAACCUUCAGUCGCACUCUACAGGAACACAUGAAGCCAGGCAAGCAGUAUGGCACAGACUCUGAUCAGCAGAGAGGCGGCACUAAGGGUGCCAUGGACAUAAAGAACACACAAAGAUUGAACAUCACUACCAUUGUGGUUGGGAUGAGCUUAAUUCUUUUCGUACUGACAGUUCUAAACUUGGGGCUGUUCUUUAAACUUUGGGCCAUGGAGGAUGUUGCCCACCGUAUGUAUGUGAGCACCAAGCACAGGAUGAGGGAGAGAACAGAGUCCAGUUUGGCACCUGACUUAGGGCCAAGACAUGGACUGCCACACAGAAGUCAAGAGGAUGCACACUUACUCAGGGCAGUACUGCAGGACUCCAUUAAUCUUCUUGAGCAGCUGCGCAGCUCUCUUGUGAUGCUUCAGCAGAACUUACAGGUCUACAACAGAACCUCCUCUCAGCGCUAAAUGCCAUUUCAGGCUGGUGACCCAAAAACAUAAGGGUAUACUUCCCUUAAGACCUGCCCUCACUGUGGAGUGUUGCCAUAGGGACUGUCAUCCCAGGGCAGACUCGUAACCAUGAACAUUGUCUCUCUGGGCCUUUUUGUUGUGGUUGGAUUAUUUUAUUUUUUUCUCUAAGCUUUUUUUGUCUUCGAGGGGAUUUUGGUGCUGGCAAACUAAAUCAUGCAAAUUUUUAUCAUGUAUUUGUUCACUUGUUCCUGAUGACCUUGAAAAUAAAUGAGAAAAGCUAGUGUCUUUCUCAUUCUUUUGAGCUAAUAUUGAUUAACGGUAACAUAACUGAAAACAGCUGUACAGCAGAUUAAAAUGCAAAGGCUUCUCAUGAUCCUGUUCUAAACUCUUGGGUGCUGAUUUGAUGGACAUUUAAAGUUUUUGCUGCACUACACAGAUGCCUUAUAAAAUGUUGGAUUUAGUGCAGUUGUACAAGUGUCUCCACUUUAAUAAUAGAGGUAGCAAUGCAGGCCCAUUGCCUCUGCAGAUCAAAUAGCUCAACUGUUAAAGAUCUAUCUUACAUUCACUCAUGUGGCCUUUGUAUCUUGAUUUAAACUAAAUGUUGUCUUAAUAUACAUCUAAGCAUUUGUUAAUGAUUGCACCUUAAAACUUAAUGAAAAAUGUAUUGAGUUAAAUAUAAAAAUGUGUAGAAUCUUUGUAGGCUCAAUGUGCUCAUUUUUUAAUUUUAAUAAUGUGUAACACUUCAGGUUCAUCUGAAGAAUAUAAAAUAAGAGAAAUGGGUUAAAACAAUGAGUGAUGAUCACUUUGUCUUGCCUAUAAAUUGUUUACUCUUGGCUUAAUACCUCUUUUGGUCGUACAGUAGCUUUUAGGGACUGUAUAGUCACUGUUGAUGAAAUAUGUUUGUGACAUCCAUUUAAAUUCUUCACAGUGGGAAAAUAAAAAUUCAUGUGGGUCUUCAUCACAAGAGAAUGUAAAAUGUAUUCAGUUUGUCACAGGAAACAAUAUAGGAGAAAUGGGUAUAUAUAGAUGUAUUUAUUUUUUGUAUAGAUAAAAAAAAAAAUUAUUGAAAUCUUUUAUAAAUUUUCUUCUGAAACUAUUUAUAAAUAAAACCCUGUCCUGGCAUUACAACAUUAAGUUUGUGAAGAUUCUCAUUAUUUUGAAGGAAAAACUGUAGCGUUAUCUAAACCUUUGAAAACAUUGUUGAUGUUAUUGGAUAUGUAUUUAGAGAGCAACGUGUUCUGCGAACACCUAGAUAAGAUAGAUUGUAUAUGGAUAUCAAAAAACUAACAUCAAUGCAAACUGAUCAUGUUUCCUUGCUUAAAGGGAUAGUUCACCCAAAAAUGAAAAUUCUCUCAUUUACUCACUCUCAUGCCAUCCCAGAUGUGUAUGACAUUUUCUUCUGCAGAACACAAAGAUUUUUAGAAGAAUAUCUCGGCUCUGAAGGUCCAUACAAAGCAAGUGAAUGGUGACCAAAAGUUUGAAGCUCCAAAGUCACAUAAAGGCAGCAAAAAAGUAAAUGUGCAUUUAAAACAAAUAUAAAUGGUAUUUUGAGGUUCACUUACUAAUUCUUGUCAAGUGGAUACAUGCGACCUGUUUUGAGUACAUUCUGCAGUAGCAGUACAAGCAUUCAAUGCACACAUAUUAAAAUACAUUAAAGUCAACAACACAAUAUACUUAAAUGUAUAGAUGCAUAUAUACAGAGUAAAGAUUAUAGAAAUAAUUAACAAUCCUUAUGUGACCUUAACACAUUUCUCAGGGUCAAUUAAUUUAAAUUAUGAAAUAUAUUAUUCACUGGAGCAAAAUGCCACCCCUGCACUUUUUUGCAGUUUAAGAUUUUAUUAUAUAGUUGUUUUUACAAACUCUGUAACCCUUUGUGUGCUUGCCUAUGCAGAGCAUAUUACCUGUUUAUUUUUCUAUACCAAAACUUUGCAUUUGUGUCAUAAAACCAGUCUCAUUACUUUGAUUUUAUUUUUUAUUUGUAAAAUAAAUAAUUGUAAAAUAAAGAUGCAUUUCCUGUAAUUUUUGUCCUAU